AUGGCCUCUCCCACACUUGAAGAAUUCACUCAUUUUCAAAACGAGGAAGAAGAUGUCCCUAUGACCACACACGAAGAAGAGGACGGCGAGGGGGAAGGGGAGGCAGACGAUGUUGCAAUGAGGAACCUGGACGAUAGCUCGGAGGAGGAGUCAGAGGACGAAGAGGAAGAGAGGAGAAUUCGCGAGGGUUUUAUUGUCGACGAAGAUGAGGAAGAAGAAGAGGAAGACGAGGAGGAGGAACGUGAAAGAAGACGCCGUCGCAAACGCCGAAAGAGGCACCACCGUCGCCGCGAGGAAGAGGAACAAUUGGAAGAGGACGAUCUCGAGUUACUGGAGGAAAACACUGGGACGUCACACAAGAAUCGUCUCAGACGGUUACGACGCGGUCGCGAAUCCGAGUCUCCGCCAGCGGCAUCUUCAUCCAAGCGACGAGCUAUCAUUGAGUCUUCAGACGAGGACCUCGAUAGAGACGAUGGUCGCAAUCGUAGCUCCGCGGUACAUGACUUGUGGGAUGAUGAAAAGCGAGGCGACGACGACGACGAUGGAAUGGAUACAGACAGCUUUAUUGAAUACAGUGACGAUGAAGCGGGGGGACAAGAAGGACGAGAAGAAAGGCGACGUGCUCAGAAACAGGACGCAGAACGUCGUCGACGAGCACGUGGAGCGCGCCCAGAGCUUGCUGGAAUCGAUAUCAACGCAUGGGACGAACUGCACGACGUGUUCGGGGAUGGGGAAGAUUACAACUGGGCGUUGGAGCUUGACGAUGACAUUGAGCAGAUGGAUUAUCUUAAGCCUGACAUGAGAUACCAGGAUGUUUUCGAGCCGAGUGAAAUUCGACGCCGACACUUGACAGAGGACGACGAUCUCAUCCGAGCAAGAGAUGUUCCGGAACGCAUGCAACUUGCUUCUUCCGCCCUGUCACAAUCUUCGUCAUUGUCGCUUUACGGAGUCAUGGCUGAAGAUGAUCUAGGGGGAGCUGCUAUGUGGGUUACCCAGAGGCUACCUUUGCGGAAGACCCACCAGUUCUUUGCCAGCGAUGGCGAGUACCAACACCUCAAGAGCCACUUGGUGAUGGCUGUCACCUUUGUACUCAAGUCCCUCUUCGUCGACCAGUACGAAGUUCCCUAUAUCUGGGUCCACAAGCGUGACUAUAUAUCCCACUUCGACACCAACGACCCCAAAAAUCGUUUUGAAUUGCUGGGCCUUUCCGAACUCUGGAUCAUCAUGAACCUGGGCCAAAAAUACCGCUCACUUCUCGAACGCCGGAAAACGCUGACGACCUUUUACGAGCGCCUUCAAGUCAACGAUGAAUAUUUCGACUCGGACCUUCUACCCCAGGUUGACAGCAUCGAGUUUGUGGCCGACGCCACUGAGUGGUUGACUAUGAAGUACAGAGACAGGAAGGAAGAACAACAGCAGCAACCGGAAUUGAGAUUCCACGACGAUGAAGAGCCACAACCAGAAGUCAAGAAGCCUAAGAUGCCAAGUCGCAUAUCUGCCUAUGAAAUCGCUAAAAAGAGCAUAGUUUCCAAACUGGCAGAGGGUUUCGGUAUCGAGCCUCACCAAGUCGUCCAGAACUAUUUCAACAUGGGGGCUGUCAACACCCAUUAUGUCGAAGAUCCCGAGUUGAAUCCCAUCGCCUUUGCUGAGCAAUACGUCGAUCCGGACCCAGUGAAGGCCCAAUCUCCGGAGGCGCUCCUCGCACGUGCCCGCAUGGUCAUGGCUACAGAGCUCGGCAAAGACCCUCUCCUGCGCAAGGAAAUUCGAAAGCUCUUCCAGGAAGAGGCUCUCAUCUCCGUCGAGCCCACAGAACGGGGCAUCGCAAAAAUCGACGACCAUCAUCCUUACUUUAACUUCAAAUAUCUAUUCCGAAAGCGAGUCAAGGACAUGACGACCUCCUCCCAAUUCUUACUCAUUCUCACCGCGGAAGCCGAACAUCUUGUCACUGUCUCCGUUUUCCUUCCUCCCGCUGUCCUUCAGACCUUUGAGAAGAGGCUGUCCGAUGCUAUCUGUUCGGACAGCUUCAGCGAUUCUGCCAAAGCUUGGAAUAUGGAGCGCAACCUCGUAGUGCAGGAAGUUCUCGAGAAACAUCUCAUUGCCGUUGGUGUCAAGUGGACUCGCGAAUGGCUGCGCGAUGAAGUGGAGGACUUCCUUGCACAGAAAUGUGCGGAGAAAUUGCGAGAGCGCGUUGAUGUUGCUCCGUAUAUGCGUCGCUCCCUUGGCGAGGGCGAAUAUGCCUCGUCUGUGCUAGCCGUCUCAUGGGGCAAGGGCGACCCUCACAAGGAUCCGAUCACUAUGGUUUUCCUGGACACUGCUGGACGUCUUCGCGCCCAGACCAAGAUCGACAAUCUCUAUGAUCAAGACAACCUGGACGAGUUUCACGACCUAAUUGGUCAAAAGCGACCAGAUAUCAUCGUCAUUGGAGGGUUCAGCAUGGCCACAGUCAAACUCAAGCAGCGGAUUACGGAAGUUUUGAGCGCGCAGGCUUACAGUCAAGAUGGAGCUCUAAUCAGACCAGAGUUCCAAAUAAAUGUGAACUACGUCCCCGACGAUGUUGCCAGGAUAUACCAACAUAGUGAGCGGGCAACUGAGGAGUUCAGCUCCCUCUCCUUGACGGCAAAGUACUGCGUUGGCCUAGCCCGUUACAUGCAGAGUCCUCUGAACGAGUUCGCUGCCCUCGGUCCAGACGUUGCAGCCAUAUCCUUCGACGAAGAAGACCAGCAUUUAGUUCCUAAAGAGAAGCUGCUGUUGGCCUUAGAGCGCGUCUUGGUUGAUGUUACCAACGCUGUGGGCGUCAACAUUAACCGGUCCGUCUCUGAUCCAUAUUAUCAACACCUCCUGCAAUUCGUUUGUGGGCUUGGGCCAAGGAAGGCGAAUGCCCUCGUCGCAAAAAUUGCGUCGUUGGGAGGAAAUCUCGUCAACCGGGAACAAUUCAUCAAGGCUGGUGUGUUGACCACCAAGAUCUUCCUCAACGCGGCAGGCUUCCUGCGUAUCACUCAGUACAAAGGCGAAGCGCGACUUGAUAAACACCGACACGACGAUGACAACGCCCCAGACCCAUUGGAUGACACCAGGAUACACCCCGAGGACUAUGAGUUAGCACGCAAAAUGGCGACCGACGCAUUGGAAUUGGAUGAAGAGGAUAUCCACGACGAACACCCGUCGCAUGUUGUCAACUUAAUCAUGGUGGACCGAGAGAGGGAGAAGAAGCUCAUGGAAUUGAACUUGGACGAGUUCGCAAUCAGCUUAUACGAGGCCAAUCAAGACCAGAAGCGGCAUACACUCAGCCUCAUCCGGAAUGAGCUCCUCCAUCCCUUUGCUGAUCAGCGAAGAUUGUUCCGGUUCCCGGAGGGAUGGGAAAUCAUUACCAUGCUUAGUGGCGAAACCCCCCGCACUUUGCGUGUUGGUGUCAUUGUGUCCGCUGUCGUCAACAGAAUCAACAGCGGCUUCGUCAAUGUCCGACUGGAUUCUGGCAUCGAGGCAACUAUCAAUGCUCAAUACAUCGCAGACAAGCCCGAUAAUCCCAACAAGCUUGUUAAGAAGGGUCAGACCGUCACCGGCGUUAUCAUCGACUGCAGAAUCGAGGAAGACAACAAAGAGACGUUGUUCGUCGAGCUAUCAACGCGUAACAGGGAGGUCCAGGACGGAGACCAAGCCUUCAGGCGGGUCGCUCAUGACGAGCAUUGGAAUCAAGCUCAGCACGACAAGGACAAGGACGCUCUCGAACGCAAGAAACGUCAGCAGACGGAUAGGUCCCGCAGGGUUAUCAAGCAUCCCAACUUCCACAACUUCAAUUACGCGCAGGCCGAGGCGUAUCUUGAGAAGCAGCAGCGCGGCGACGUCGUCAUCCGCCCUUCAUCGAGGGGCAACGACCAUUUGGCUGUUACUUGGAAAGUGGACACUGGUCUUUACCAACACAUUGAUGUCGUCGAGAAGAACCCAGAUCCCACGGGCCAGACAGCGGGAGGGCAGCUCUAUGUCGACGACAACCACGUAUAUGCGGACUUGGACGAGCUCAUCGUCAACCAUGUCCAGGCAAUGGCACGUCGUGUGGAAGAUUUGAUGAACCACGAGAAAUUCAAACCUGGGACAGAAGAAGACUUGCACCUAUUCCUCAAGAACUUCCUCGCUGCAAAUCCUAUGAAGAGCAUGUACGGUUUCACACUCAAUCGCAAGAAGCCAGGCAACUUCAGCCUCUGCUUCCUCGCCAACAAAAACUCGACUGUGCAAACCUGGCCAAUCCGGGUUACUCCUGAAGCAUACUAUCUAUUCGAUGCUUCCGCUGUCGGUGUCUCCGAGUUGUGCGAUGCCUUCAAAGUUCGCCAUCUUCACGAAUCGCAAACUCGGGCAGCCCAAGCACAAAAUGGCGGGAAAACCCCCUUUGGUGCGGGACAUGGUAGAACACCAGCCCGACCUAUUGGCGCUGCCACUCCUGGCCAUGCAUCUGUACGACAUGUUGGCCGAACGCCCAACCCGUAUGGGCACAACCCCAUGGUACCCCAACCUCCAUAUGGUUCCAGCACUUACGGGUACCAGACUCCGAGCCACCGACCCCACCCCAACAUGCCGCCACCUGGCGGCCAGGGACCUCCUCGUCCUCCGAUGCAUGUACAGCAAAAUAACCCUGGUUCUGGUUGGGGGCAAGGAGGCUGGUAGUGUUCAUUUAAUUACUUUCUCUUGUCGUCUUGUAAUUUGUUGCUCACCUGGCACGUCUAUUUUUUCUAAUUUCGUUUGUUGUUCUCUUGUGUGACGUUUUAUCUAUGUCAGUUUCGGCAAUGGC